AUGUUCCGAGCAGCUCGUACUCUAUCAUGCCUCCGGAUGUCCAGCUCUCAAUAUGCUCUCGCCCGAGUCUCUGUAUCUCGAAUGGCUCCAAUGCCUUCUUUACUCGCUCCAACGUCUUCAAUGGUUCGAUUCAGUCAUGGGUUAGUGGACAAGGAUUUAUCUCACAAGCUCAAGGAGGAGUUACAGUAUGAGAAGGAGAAUGAAGAAAAGGCUUUACCUCCAUUCUUGAAAUCGUUUCAGGAUUUGGGGACGUUCAAGAUUGAAGACAAGCCAGGAAACAAGGAAGUCGCUCUUACACGUGCAUUUGGCAAUGAAAAAAUUUCCGUCAUCUUCAGCACCGACGCACUCGCCCAAGAAGACGAAGAAAUGAUGGAAGACUCCAUUGAAGGCCAAAAAGAAGAAGCAGAAACAGAAGGCAUGUCCCUCUCCAUUCCCGUCACAAUCAUAAUCGACAAGAAAGCCGGCUCGACAGACAGCGGCGCCAUAGAAGUCAGCGCAACCGUCCAAGACGAUGUGUUUUUCAUCGACUCGGUGUCAUACCGCCGCUCAAGCUCUGUAGCCCAUGACGAAUCUGCUGAAGGUGAUUGGCAGCGACGUGGAGGCUAUGGUGGGCCUGUUUUUGCUGACUUGGAUGAGGACUUGCAAGAUCUCUUCCACAAGUAUCUUGAAGAACGUGGAUUUGAUCCAACAUUGGCGGACUUUAUACCAAACUAUUUGGAGUACAAGGAACAAAAGGAGUAUGUGGCUUGGUUGUCGAAUAUUGGAGAGUUUGUUGCCAAGUAG